UUUGGCAAAAACAUUUGGUAUUGCUGCAAAGCUGCUUAACAAUUUUAUAGUUAUCAUCAAAAGCAGCAAGCAUGGAUGUCAUCAACAAAUUCUACUCGUCCGCCGUGCAUACCGUCUCGCAGCUGUCGGGUGUGCUGCCUGGCAAUAAUGUAACACGGGAAUACGAAGUAUUGGACCAGAUUUGCACAGCGGGUGUGGGACUCAUGUGGAAGGUCUACAAUGGCCACAAAAAGAGCACCAAGCAGGAAGUCUCGGUCUUUGUGUUUGAGAAAAAGGUACUGGAGCGCUGGUCAAAAGACGACCGGGAAACAAUGCUGGAGACGUUGCGGCGGGGCGUUCAGCAACUAACAAAAAUACGACACCCGCAUGUCCUAACCGUGCAGCAUCCGCUGGAAGAGAGUCGCGAUUCUCUGGCCUUUGCCACGGAGCCAGUUUUUGCAUCGCUCGCCAAUGUCGUUGGGGACUCGGUGCGUUCGGAAAAGAAGCUUUACGAUGUGGAAAUACGCCAUGGGCUGCUCCAGCUGUUUGAUGGCCUGCAAUUCCUGCACAACGAUGCCAAGAUAGUGCAUCGCAACAUCAGCGCCGAAACGAUUGUGAUCAACAAGAACCGCAGCUGGAAACUGUUUGGCUUCGAUUUCUGCAUAGCCAAUCAGCCAUCAACAAAUGGCACUCCUCACUGGCCAUGUAGGGAGUACAGCACAUCCCUGCACGUGCUGGCCCAGCCAAGCUUAGAGUAUACAGCGCCGGAGCUGGCUUUAAACAGUGUUAACACGCCGGACAGUGACCUUUUCUCGCUGGGUGUGCUCAUCUUCACAAUUUACUCGGGCAAACCGCUAAAAAUGUUCGGAAGCGAUUACAGUGGCUUUCGGCGUUACGCCAACGAUUUGAAUCAGCGCAAGUACCCGCCCAUGAACACAAUACCAAGCGAGCUAACCGAAAGUCUCAAAGCCCUGCUGCAUCCCAGCGCCAGUUUGCGGCCUAAGUUGCAUGAGCUGAAAUCGAUUGCUUACUUUCAGGACGUGGGCGUCAAGACUCUAAGCUAUUUGGACUCACUUUACCAGUGGGACAAUCUGCAGAAAUCCAAGUUCUACAAGGGUCUGCCGCAGAUAAUACCCACGCUGCCGCAUCGCGUGAACUUACACUCGAUAUUGCCCUAUCUGAUCAAGGAGUUCGUCAACUCGCCCAUGAUUCCAUUCGUUUUGCCCAAUGUGCUACUGAUUGCCGAAAUGAGCAGCCAGCGCGAAUACUGCGAUCACAUACUGCCGCACUUGAAGCCCAUUUUCAAGCUGACGGAUCCCAUACAGAUACUUCUGAUAUUUAUGCAGAAAAUGGAUUUGCUUCUCAAGCUAACGCCGGCAGAGGAAGUGAAGCAGAGUGUGCUGCCCCUGCUCUACCGUUCACUGGAGUGCGACAUGCCGCAAAUACAGGAGCUGUGCCUGGGCGUGCUCCCUACCUUUUCCACUCUCAUCGAUUAUAAUGCCAUGAAGAACGCAGUCAUACCGCGUAUUAAAAAACUCUGUCUGCUUAGCAACAAUGUUUCGGUUAAGGUUAACUGUCUUAUAUCGAUUGGCAAGCUACUGGAGAACCUGGACAAGUGGCUGGUGCUAGACGAGAUUCUCCCAUUUUUGCAGCAGAUACAGAGCCGCGAGCCUGCAAUUGUAAUGGCUAUAAUAGGCAUUUAUAAAAUCGCCAUGACGAACACAAAGCUGGGUAUCACAAAGGAUGUAAUGGCGCACAAAUGCAUACCGUUCCUGGUGCCGCUGAGCGUAGAAAAUGGACUGACCAUAGCGCAAUUUAAUACCAUCGUCGCGCUAAUCAAAGAAAUGCUGGGUAGAGUGGAGCAGGAACAACGUGAAAAGCUCCAGCAAUUGUCUACAAUACAGCGGGACAACAAACCCAAGGAUGCUUCCGAGAUACUGGCCAAUGAGUUGGAUAACGCUACGCUAUCGCCCUCAAGCAGCUAUGGUGCUAGCAAUGGCAAUAAGAGCGACGAUGAUAUGUUCUCCGGCUUCAGCGUGGGUCAGCCAGCGAGCGCUGCGACGCCAAAACCUACCGCUACAGCCCUGGCGCCUGUCAAAACAAGGGAGCAGCUCAAAAUAACGCACAAUACAACGACAGAGACAACAUCGAAAACGGACAUGUUUUCAUUAAUGCAAAGCAAUCUGAGCAGCCUAAGCACUGUCCAGAGCACACCAGCAGCAGCAGCAGCAGCUGUUCCUCAGCACGCCAUGCCCUUCAAUGCGAGCAGCAACAAUAGCAACAAUUGGCAUAGCGCAAAUCCGCUGGUCAUGAAUCAUCAGCUAGCCUCACCGCAGGCCAGCAGCAACAACAAUUUCUCCUCGCUGGACGAUUUAGAUCCAUUUGGUUCUGCUGGUGCCGCCAGCCAGAUUGCCAAGCCCAAUAAUGCAAAUGGUGCCAAUAUGUAUACGCUGCAGCAACCCACAGUUAACUACAUAUAUCCAACUGGCUACAAUGCAUCAAACAGCAUGAACAACAUGCAGCCGAGCAUCGGUCUAAACAAGCCAAUGAUCAUGGGUGCAGCAGGCACGGCCACGCCCACGCUGAUGCCACAGAUGACCCAGUCAACGGAUAGCAAGAAUCUUAACACGUUAUCGCAACAAGACAUACUUAACUUCUUGAACUAGACACAUCAUUCCCGCGA